AUGGCAUUAAAACGAAUUCACAAGGAAUUAAGCGACUUAAAUAGAGACCCACCAACUAACUGCUCAGCUGGUCCUAUAGGAGAUGACAUGUUUCACUGGCAAGCAACCAUUAUGGGUCCAGAUGACAGUUCAUAUGCUGGCGGAGUAUUCUUCUUAAAUAUCCAAUUCCCUAGUGACUACCCAUUCAAACCACCGAAAGUCAACUUUACUACAAAAAUUUACCAUUGCAAUAUAAAUUCAAAUGGAGCCAUUUGUUUGGAUAUUUUAAAGGAACAAUGGAGCCCUGCACUAACUAUAUCAAAAGUCCUUCUUUCUAUAUCAUCAUUAUUAACUGAUGCUAAUCCGGACGAUCCUUUAGUACCUGAGAUCGCUCACUUGUAUAAGACAGACAGGUCGAAGUAUGAACAAACUGCUAGGGAAUGGACUCAGAAAUAUGCUCAGUAA